AUAUUAUUUAAACUCUGCUAAAUUUAAAUUGAUUAAAUUGUUUCCGUAUAAGCAAGCGAAUUACGUACAACGAAUCAUACCAUUUUUAAUAACUGGCCGAAAUUAUCAUAAUUACUGCCUUGAAAAAAACGCGUAAAGCCGAUAGUAAAUUAAUAAAUUUUUUUUUUGACCGUCACGGCGUCAGUCUAGGGAUGGUAAAUAACGUGUUAUAUAUUUUAGGGUAUAUACCUGGUAUAUACCGAAUAUAUAUCAUGUAUUUAUAUGUUAUAUAUAUUUUUUAUGAUAUAUACCAUGCUAUAACAGAUAAAUGUUACAAACCGUUAAUUUCCCCAUCACUAGGCGUCACCUUACCUCUGUAUAUAUUUUUCGGAGCCCUGUAUAAGUCAAUACAGAAUAUUUUGUCAAAAAUUUGAAUGGAUUAUGUUUAUACGUCUUUUCUAUAUUUUUUUUUAAGAUGCUGACCGUUUUUGGACGUUCAUCUUUUAGGCAUUUUAACGUAAUGAGCGGGAAUAAGUUUUUAAAAGCUUGUAUAUUUGAACGUAAAAGUGAAUAAUUAUUCGUUGCUGUACCGUAGAUUAUUCAUUGAAUAUACAAUAAUGAAUUUAUCUUUAUUUACUAUUUAUAAAUUAUUAAAUAUUA